AUGUUUCGUUUAAGUAAUCUUAUAACAGGAUCCUACAAAAACGUCCUUUUAGGAAGGGUAAGUUAUACUCCUUCUCAAAUAUGUUGUUACACGAAGAAAUCGGCAGAGGCUAAAUUGGGUAUAGACAAACCAAAGCGACCAUUAACACCGUUUUUUAAGUUCAUGGGGCAAAUGAGACCAGCCCUAUUAGCUAAGAAUCCCGGUAUAAGUUCCAAAGAAGCUAUAUCAUGGAGUUCGAAACAUUGGCAGCAACUUGACAGUGAGACCAAGGCACAAAUGUUGAAAGAGUAUGAGAAAGAUUUAGAAGACUAUAAAAAGAUCAAGGCAAUAUAUGAGUCAUCACUCACAGAACAACAAAAAGAAGACAUACAGAAGAUGAAAGAAGAUAUGGUCGCAGCUAAAGAAAAACGAAAAUUAAAAGCCGAAUAUAAAGAAAUGGGGCGACCAAAGAAACCUAUGUCUUCCUACUUCCUGUUCUGCCAAACCAAAAAGGAUUUAUUUAAGGGACAGAAAUUAAAAGAAUUUCAGAAUACAUUAAAAGCUGAAUGGGCUAAACUUUCUGAUAGUGAAAGAGUGAAGUAUGAAAAACAGGCGCAGGAACUUAUGAAUAAGUAUAGAAAAGAUUUACAGGCAUGGGAACUGAAGAUGAUAUCGAUCGGACGUUCAGAUCUUGUUAAAGAGAAACCUGUUAGGUCCAAAUCAAAAUCAAAAAGAUAA